UUUUCUUCUUUUCCUACCUUGUUUCUUUCCAUCUUCCCUUGCAACUGGGAAGGGAGGGAGAGGCAGGGAAAAGAGAGCAAAUAAUAUAAUUAGUAAAAAAUAACGUUUAUUAGAUAGGUAUCGUUAACAAAAUCUAGAUGAUACGUGCGCCCAGGAAUAAGGACUCAUCACGUCCUAUUAUAAAGCGCACACGAAGCUGGCGUGGUAUCAUGCAAGUUCGGUUUAACGAUACUAAGUUUGACAGCCGUCGACUCACCCGCCAGGCAUUCAUUUGGUCACCACUGCGCGUCUUCGGCUUAGGUCUUUUGUCUAUGUCGAUAUUUUAUUACAUACUUGGACACGAUUACUUUAUGCAUUCAUUGAUGGGUUAUGAGUCCGAAAUGCAAUAUGAAAUGCGAGUAAAUCCGACUUUGGGCGCCCUAUCGUGCAGUGCUGGUUUUGUAAUUGAUCUUGAUAAAGGGUGUAAGUCACCACUACGAGACUUGGAAAAACCGCUUCAUCCUAAGCGAGAGUUUGAUAUUUUUAAGAAUGAUCUCAAAUAGGGAGUUAACAUCAAAAAAAACACCAAAACUACGAGAUACGCUAUUAUAUUAAGCCUAUUCUUUUUGAAUAGGAUUUGUUCUUUAGCACUGUGCUGCUACCUUAUCCUUUAAAAGAUGAAACAACGCUUUACUAAUCUACAUGAUUUUAUCCUUACACUCAUAUGCACAUCCCUUUAAAAUUGCUUCUUAUGUGGAUGUAUGGAUAUCGAGAAAGCUAAA